AUGUCCUUCGGCUUCGGCGUUGGCGAUUUCAUUGCCGUCGGGGAGCUAUGCUGGAAGAUCUACACUCGAGUAUACAAAGUUUCGCGCGACGCACCGGAGGAGCUCCGCGCUUUGAUCCAAGAGCUAGGCAAUCUCUCUAAUACAGUGAACUUACUAAACGAGGAAGUGCGAGAUAAGGAAGAGUGGAUAAAAAGGGCAGGCGUGAGACGAUUAGAAUACACAUGCAAAGUCAUGAGUCAAGCCCGAGAGACGCUUGAGAAAAUGGAUCGACUUGCAGAUAAAUAUGCGGAACUCGACCCGGGAGCUAAUUCACGAGGUUCAAGACGUUCUUUUCGCAUCCAAUGGAACCGAGUCAAGUAUGCAUUCGAGGUGUCUAGUAUCAACGAGCUCCGUGCGAAGGUUUGGGUCCUAGCAUAG